UUCAUUUUCCUACUCUUCCCACCCAUCAUUGAUUCAUUGUUAUUUUAUUGCUUAUAAAAACCUGUCCUGUGCUCCACACUUUUAUCUUAAUUCAACUCAUUAAUUUAAUUAAUGGGUACCUUUCUGUAAUUAUCAUUUCUCGUUUUCUUCAAGAUUACUGCACUACCCAGGUUCACGAAGAGCUCACCUUUUGGAGAGGAUCAGUGGGGGUUGGCUGCGCACUCUCUGUGCAGGGUUGAAGUGAGAGAAAAACCGUCUAGUUCUUGUCAUUUCAGCUGAAUUUCAGGGAUGGGAGGAAAAUCUAGCAAGAACCAAUUCACGGCCGAUAUGAACUGCUAUGAGGCGGCGUGUGUCCUCGAUCCGGACUUACGGUCCUUUGAUGCCACCCUCCAAGAGCGCACGAAUCGCGUCAUCAGAUCGUUUGCUGCAGAGGUCAAUGAGCCUGGGUCCAUUUCUUUUGAUGGAAUCAGAGAGAUCAUCCAAUGUCUGCUUGAAAUGCACCAGGAGGUAGCCAAUUUCAAUCUGAGUAGUAAGGAAGAUAUAUGGAAUAACAAAGAAUUGUUCUCAUUUGUGGAGAAUUAUUUUGCCAAUAGUCUCAAGACAUUGGACUUCUGUAUAGCCCUUCAGAACUGCCUGAAGCGCACACGUGAUAAACAGUUGAUAAUUCAACUUGCAGUUCAGCAUUUUGAGCAAGAAGUAGAAGAUGGGAUCGAUGGGGUAAAGCACGUGAAGACAUUGGAAGAAUUAAGGAAAUAUAAGGCUGCCGGAGACCCUUUUACAGAGGAGUUUUUUGAACUGUUUAAAUCGGUUUAUGAACAGCAAGUAUUGAUGUGGGAAAAAUUGCAGGCUAGGAAGAGAAAGCUAGAUAAGAGAUUGAAAUCUAUCAAGACAUGGAACAGAGUGUCGAAUGUCAUUUUUGCUGCUGCUUUAGUUUCUGUGUUGGUUCUCUCGGUGGUGGCAGCCGCCAUUACAACUCCACCCCUUGUAGCAGCUUUGCUUGGUGCAUUGACGGUUCCAUUGGGUUCUGCGGGAACAUGGUGUAGCUCACUUUGGACACGCUAUGAGGAUGAUCUGAAAAGACAAAGGGUGGUAAUCAGCGCAAUGCAGGCCGGCACUCGAAUUAAAAUAACGGAAUUGCGUAACAUUGAGGCACUUGCCAACAAAUUGGAAAUUGAAAUUCAGUCGAUUCUGCACAUUGCUGAUUUUGCUCUUGGUGAAGAGGGGGAUGCAGUGAAGCUUGCGAUAGAUGAGAUGAAGAAGAAGCUGGAUGUGUUUAUGAAAACUAUUCAGCAGUUAAGUGAGGAGGCUGAUAAGUGUAGCCGGGAUAUAAGGUGUGCGAGGACGACGGUUUUGGAAACGAUGUUUAGCCGUGGAAACAACUGAAAAUCCCUUUGGUAUAUUGUUCUGAAAACUCUUGUCAUGUUGGUGUUUAUGUGAAUCUACACCUUGAGUUAAUUAAGUUUCGUGGAUGAUUCUCAAACAUAUAGGAGUUCUGAAGUUAUACUAUAGAACUACAUUUCUCUGUUUCUUAGCUGCUAAGACGUAUCUGUAAAACAUGAUUAUGCGGUCCUGAAGCUGAUUGUUGCUCUAUCAAUUUGAGUUGGUGAUACUUCAAAGGAUUGUAUUACUACUGUUAGGAGAAAAGUCCAUAGAUCACUAUAACUCCAAUUGGAGUUACAAUCUUGGACUAAGAAACUACAACAUUUAUAUAGCAGCAAGGUCAAUGAACACACUUUGUGAUUUGCUGAACAGGGUAAAGCAGAAGCAAUCAGAUUGUCAUAGUAGUUCUUUUUGUCAUAUAAUUGUAUCCAGAUCAUUAGAUAUGGAUCUAACUAACUCCUCGUCCAAGUAGACCAACCAUGCAACUUAUUCUUUGCGUUGCCCAUUCAUGGCUAUGUGGCAGACAAGAAAUUCUUUCUCUUUUUUUUCCCA